UCACUUCACAAGUUAACCACUAGCCUACAGGGCACUUCUACCCCCUUCCUGCCCAGGCCAAUUUCCAGCUUUCAGCGCUGUCACACUUUGAAUGAUAAUUGCGCGGUCAUGCAACACUGUACCCAUAUGAAAUUUUUAUCAUUUUUUUUUGAGACAGAGCUUUCUUUUCGUGGUAUUUAAUCACCUCUGUGAUUUUUAUUUUUUCUUAAACAAACCAAAAACCACUACAAAUUUUGAAAAAAAACAUUUUUUCUUAGUUUUUGUUAUACAAUUUUGUAAAUAA